UUCAGUUGCCAUGCGACUAGCCAUGGAGACCUCACCUCACCUAAAGCUUGUCUCGCUCGUUCUCCUGCUAGCCUUGUUUUCUCAUGCCAUCGCAGCACCACCCCCAUCCCUCCUGGAAGAACAGGCCGGAGCCCUUCUCACCUGGAAAGCCACCAUACACAGCCCCCCAGCCCAGCUGCAGUCCUGGGGAAGCAACACCACAUGGCCAUGCACCUGGUAUGGCAUCAAGUGCGGCGAGAACCAAGCAGGGCACCAGGAGGUCAUGAUCACCGAGAUAUCUCUGCGGGGUUUGCGGCUGAGAGCGGCGUUGGAAUCCCUCAACUUCACGGCGUUGCAUACUCUCACGAGUAUCCGACUCCCGUACAAUCAGAUAAGGGGCCCCUUUCCACCCACUUUAGCAUCAUCUUUGCCAAACCUGCGACACCUAAUGCUUCCAGGAAAUAAAAUCUUUGGUGAAAUACCAAGGCAAAUUAAACACCUAGAGAGCCUAGUGGGGCUGAACUUGUCAAAGAACCACCUAUCCGGUCCCAUCCCUAGUGAACUAAGCUAUCUAAAGAAGCUUGCCAAGUUAGAUUUUUCCAACAACCACCUCACAGGCCCCAUUCCAAAAAAUCUAUGGAAUUGUACUCAACUCACUAUCUUGUACCUAUGGGAUAACCAACUUUCCGGGAGCAUCCCACAAGAACUAAGUUACCUAGUGAAUCUAGAAUUAUUGGAUCUUGGCACAAACAAACUCACAGGUUCCAUCUCCAAUACCUUUGGAAAUUUGACCAAGCUCACUGCCUUAUACCUUGAUGGUAAUUGGUUCUCUGGUCAUGUUCCACGAGAAAUUGGCACCUUAAUGGAUCUCGGAUAUCUACAAUUUUAUGAUAACAAUCUCUCUGGCCCCUUACCACCUGAAUUGUGUGCUGGAGGUAUGCUCAAGAGAUUAAUUGCAUUUGACAACAAUCUCAAUGGACCUCUUCCAUCAAGUUUGGUGAACUGUAGAAGCCUAGAAAGAGUCCGCCUUGAAAGGAAUCAAAUAGAAGGAGAUAUUUCUGAGAUGGGGGUUUAUCCAAAUCUGGUCUACAUGGAUAUGAGCUCAAAUAAUUUGUUUGGUCAGUUAUCUUGUCACUGGGGGGAAUGUCAUAAUCUUACGAUGCUACGCAUCUCAAACAACAACCUUACCGGGGAAAUACCCGCAAGUAUGGGGCAGCUAUCUCAACUAGGGUGGCUUGAUCUUUCAUCAAACAAGCUUGAAGGAGAGCUUCCAAGUGCACUAGGCAAUCUAAAAAAAUUGUUCAACCUGAGCCUCGGGGACAAUUUGCUCCAUGGAAGCAUUCCACUAGAAAUUGGAGCACUAUCCAAUAUAGAGUUGCUGGAUUUGUCAUCAAAUAACCUAGAUGGGUUGAUACAAAAUUCAAUUGAGCAUUGUUUGAAGCUUCGCCUUUUGAAGUUGAAUCACAAUAACUUCGGAGGAAACAUCCCUCCUGAGCUAGGGUUAUUACGUAGCUUACAUGACCUAUUGGAUUUGAGUGAUAAUUCAUUUACUGGGGCAAUACCAAGCCAACUUAGUGAUCUGAUCAUGCUAGAUACUCUGAAUCUUUCACACAAUAAACUUAAUGGCUCCAUUCCGCCAUCAUUUCAGAGUAUGGAAAGCUUGACAUCCAUUGAUGUAUCUUAUAAUGAACUGGAAGGGUUGGUCCCGGACAGUAAACUCUUCCAAGGAGCUCCAAUGCAGCGAUUCAUGCAUAAUAAGAUGCUAUGUGGUGUGGUGAAAGGAUUGCUCCCUUGUCAUAGUGCAAAUCAGAGCAGAGGGGAAAGGAAAGGAUACAAAAUACUUGUAUUAGCCAUUGUUCCUGCUCUGCUAUCUCUUGUUCUUGCUGUGGUGACAUUGAUGUUCUGGCAUGAAAGGAAGAAAACCAAUGCAACUAACGACGAUAAAGUAACAAAAGAAAAAGUCUUCUCUAUCUGGGGUUUUGAUGGGGCAAAUGUGUUCAUGCAAAUCGUUGAAGCAACCAACAAUUUUAGCGAGAUGCAUUGCUUAGCAACCGGUGGGUAUGGAUCUGUCUACAAAGCUAGACUUCCAACAUGCGAAAUAUUUGCAGUGAAGAGGAUACACGUGAUAGAAGAUGAGCAUUGUGUGAAUGAGACAAUGUUCAAUCGUGAAAUUGAGGCAUUGGUGCAGAUCCGUCAUCGAAACAUCGUAAAACUAUUUGGGUAUUGCUCCUCUAACCAAGGCAGGUUCCUUAUCUAUGAAUAUAUGGAGCGAGGAGACUUGGCGAAAACACUGAAGGAUAAUGAAAGGGCAAUUGAAUUGGAUUGGAGAAGGCGGAUACAUAUUGUGUUGGAUGUGAUUCAUGCUUUGGCAUACAUGCAUCAUGAUUGUUCGUCACCAAUAGUCCAUAGAGAUAUAACAAGCAACAACAUUUUGAUUGAUUAUGAAUUUAGAGCUUGCAUCUCUGACUUUGGUACGGCAAAAAUUCUCAAUCUUUAUGGGUGGAAUCUUACAAGGCUUGCUGGGACCAAAGGCUAUCUCGCCCCAGAGCUAGCAUAUACAGAAAACGUGACGGAGAAAUGUGAUGUAUACAGCUUCGGAGUGCUUGUUUUGGAGCUAUUUAUGGGAUCUCAUCCAGGCGAUUUGCUCUCAUCCCUCUCGUUGGCCACCACGAAUAAUGAGCUGUGCCUGCAGGAUCUGCUGGACUCUAGGCUUAUGCUCCCGGAUGCUGAAACCGCCAGAGAUAUAUACCGCGUGCUUACUGUCGCAGCCCGGUGCCUGGAGCCGAGUCCAUCGCGCAGGCUAACCGCACGACGUGUCGGUGAUGAGCUAUUUACGAUUAAAGCUCGUGAAGAUCAUGUCGAUUAUUUGCACGCCGGCAUCACAUUUCCUGCACUGUAGUGCCUAGCUAUAGCUAUGGAUGGGGAACUCGUAUGAUGUGGCAAUUCACUCCUGCAAAACAAUGCUGCAAUGAUGGAUCAGAACAAGCUCCGCCGACAGCUUUUGCGCCACCUGACCAGUCCUCAUCCGCCCGCCCGGCAGGUGCUUGUGUUUUUUCCCAUGAGGAUCUUCACAGCAAACCUGUAGUAAACCGCUUUGAUUUGACUUUAACAUUGUAUGAAGAGGCAAUUCACUCCCGUAAAACAACGCUGCAAUGACGAAUCAGAACAAGCUCCGCGGAGGGGUUUCGCGUCACCUGGCCAGUCCUCAUCCGCCUGCACGCUAGGCCGCCCGCCAGGUGCUUGUGUUUUUUCCCAUGAGAUUCGUUGCACUGCGACCUAGCUAGCUCGACCAAUUGCUCAAUGUCACCAAUAUAUGUUUCUGAACGUGCAGUAGUGCUCACUGUAGAAAAAGAAAACAUGUAGUAGUAGUGCUGAUAAAGUUGGGGGCGAGAUAUUUCUUCAUUGCCGGUGUGCCUCUCUGGUGCUCAUUCAUGUUUAUGUGUUUCUUGCUACGGUGUCAGUGUGUGUGCCACCAUGUUCUCUUUGCUCUUUGAUUCCCCCGAGUGUUGUUGCUCGAUCACAGAAACAGAGCUUGAUUAAUUUCAUCGAUGCAAAUGUUGGCUGGAGAUUUAUUUUCUUUCUUUGCAUGCAGAGGGAUUUGUAACUAAGUAGUACAAAUAAAUUAUUAUAUGUUUUUGUAUCAGGCUCAGAGUUUGCAGUCCACCUGAUGAUGAAAUAUGAGUUGCAGUGCACCGGGCCUGACAGGCUUGUAUCUAUAUGUUGCUGACUCUCAUCCUAGUGUGUGGCGGCGUUAGUGGCAUCAGGAAUGAUUGUAGUAUUGCCACGUCAGUUAACUUGUUGCAGAGCUAUGCUUUGUACAAACAUGCAUUGGAUGGGAGUGCUCUGCCCACCCAAGUGAAAGAAACCUGCCCCUUUGCGCCAAGUGAGUCCAGUUCAGAAUGGCCAUCAUGAGCCGAGCUGUCAAGUUCAAUGUUGAUGCCGUGCGCUUUCAGAGCAGCGACGAGUGUAGGUGCCAUGAUGCGCGACCACCGUGGCCAUGAUACUAUUAGCUACUGCAGCAGUUCAAAUUCUUGCAUUUUCACAACCAAGAGACAUACAGAAGAAGAUGCAAGGGGUCUUUAGCAUACUCUGGUUGCUCAAGAAUUGCUGCAGUAGCUAAUAGUAUCCCUGAAGGCACAGAUCAAGCUUUGUUGCAGGAGAUAUUCUGAAGGUCAUAAUGACAAACUAACAAGCAAGAUUGUCAUUUUCCUUAUGCCCCAAAGGCCACAAGAUGCAAAUGAUGACCUUUUAUUAUCGAAAACCGGCACUGCAAAGGUGUGUGCAACAGCAACUGCACAAGGUCUAGAUGCCACUGAACAAUUGAGAGCAGAAGGUAACAAGGGGAUUAUGCAUGUUAACCGACGGACUUGAAAACGUUUCAGAAUCGGCUACCAAGCUCGUUGGAGCCAUGCUAAGGAAGAAGAAGCAAACGCAUCGGCAAGUCUAGCAGAAGCUUAGCCUGCACUUAGAAAUUGCUGUGAUGAGUACAUCCAGUGAGGCCUUAUUCACCUUCAUACCAUGAUAGAUGUAACAUGGAGUGGAGCCAUGGAGGGUACCUGUCUGUUGGCAAAAUAAAUGGCAGCUUCUUCUUCUUAGCAAAGGGAUGCUGCUCGUACGGCUUGCUUGAAGCCCUGGCCUUCAUUUUGUUUUUUUGUUUUUUUAAGGAGGUUAAACCCCCGGCUCUGGGUCAUCGAUGCAUGCAUCCAUCUUUAUUAAUUAUUCCAUAAAGGUCUGACAAGAACAUACAUCAAUCCACCAUAAGCCACCACUCAUACGUACAAACUCAAUAAUGUGGAGUGCUCUAAUUUCCCAUAUCUAAAA